GGAGGGAGUGGUUGUUCUCUUUGGGUGAGAGAAAGAAAGAAAGAAAGAAAGAAAGAUCCCCCAGAUUUUCCCUGAUCAUCAACAAUCCUCCCUUCCCUUAAAGCUAGCUGCUUUCCAUAUCACCAGAGUAAACCCUUGUAGGAUUUUCUGAGUAAAGAGAGAAGGAAGCUUGAUUCAAGGCAGUGUAUAGAGAGAGAGAAAGUUGACAGUCAAAGUUUGGAGAAAUGGGCAGUGGUUACUUUGGAGAGCCAAACAUGGGGAAUGAUCACCAUCAUCAUCAUCAGCAGCAGCAUGAAAGGGGAGGAAGUGGGUCAUCUUCAAGAAAGGGGAAGAAGAACAGUUCAUCAUCAGAGAAUAAUAAGCAGCCUAAGCAGCCACAAAGAGGGCUUGGUGUUGCUCAGUUGGAGAAGAUCAGGUUAACUGGUCAACUGGGCUGCACCAGCAACAACAACAACAACAACAGCAACUUUCAUCAUCACCCUUCUUUCCAUACUCCAUACCACCUCCAGGAGGAUAUUAGAGGAGGGCAUACCGGUUAUGGCUCAUCGAUACCAUCUUCUUCCUUCUCAUACUCUUCCUCAUCGUCUCUGCCUUCUUAUGCCUACAACCCCAACAUCAUG